CUGUAGAGACUUUGAUCCCAACACUCCACACAACAGUUUAGUAAUUCAUCUGGUAAACAAGUCGAAAAUUCAGUAAUAUAUAUAUUUUAUUAACCCUUGAAUUUAUAAAUCCCCCUGAAAACUUCUCGAAGCGAGAAAAUGAAUCCAGAUCGGAAUCCGAGCCUUAGGAAGAUGGAGCCGCUGAUGGAACCCGUUUCCGCGGUGCAACGCAUGUCCUCCGCUGGCUUCCGUGAGCGUCGCGCCGUUGUGGAAGCCUAUCGUGGCCCACAGGUGGCUCCGGAUGAUGCCAUGCUCCCCAUGCCGCCACACAAUAAGGUCCACGAUUUUGGGAAGAUGCUGCAGAAUUUUCGACAGCAAUUGGCCAUGCCGGGACUCUGGCAACGCACAUUGCGACUUCUGAAGAAGCGGUUUUAGUACGUUUUAAUUGUUAUUAAUCUUUGGUAGAUGAUACUCUUCACAAGUCCCCACCACAAAAUCAUAGGAAACAUGUAGUGUGCUCGAUUUUAGGCUACGCAAGUAAGGUUGUUUAUAAAUUGUUUUCUUUUAUUGUUUGAACAAAAUAUAUAUUAAGAAUUAAGGUAGAUUAUUUCCCAGUGUUUCACUUGCAUUGCCUAAGCCAAUCCUGCAACUAAUGACUUUAUAAGUGCAAACACGCGGCCUUCAAGGACUCUUCCUCCCUGAUGAAUAAACCAAAAAUGACAAGGCAUUAAAAACAGA